AUGCAAACAAUUCAUUCACCGGCUUACUUGAACUCGGGCGUGUUAGGUCUACCUUUAGCGAGGCGCGUGUCUGUUCAGAACCCAUAUGUUGAGCAACCGUAUCCUGUAAGGCAGGAGGAAGCCAUGAAGGCUGCGGGUUUUGAGUAUCGGAUUAUCCCAUUCACUGAGACAAACUGCAGUUAUGUCGUUUCGACUCGCAUUACCAAUUCCACUCUGACGGCAGCUGAAGAGAUGUUGCGAUGGCAGCGUUUACAAUACUUAUUGAUCUACACAUCUCGUGUCCUGGGUUACAAAUACCUUUUGGUGGGCGAUAAUGCCAGCCAGUUGGCUGCUCGCUGUCUUGCCGGCAUCGCUCAAGGUCGUGGUGGGACUGUUGCAACCGAAUUGGACUUCGCCGACACGCGUUAUAGUGAGGUAACUAUUCUGCGUCCGAUGUACAACUUCCUUGCCAAAGAGGUGGCAUUGUUUCUCCACUUUGCCGGCCUUGAUACGGUAGUAGAGAUGGGCUUAAGUGCACAACAGAACGUUGCGUACGGUCCGGGAGUCAGCUCAAUCCAGCGCCUUACACAGGACUUUAUCGGCUCCCUCCAAUUUGCUGGAUACCCCUCAACCACAAUGGCUGUGCUCAACGCUGCUUCGAGAACACUUUCAUCUGAAAACAGAUCCGAUCAACGCUGUACGGUUUGCUACGCUCCACUACCGCGUUCAAAUCAGGAAAACAGCUUGGAAGAAACUGUUACAGCGUUAUCAGCGUAUGAAUUCUCUGCACGGAUAUCAAGGAAUUCAAAGACUAGCUGUAAUCCUGCCUCACCACCACCCUUUCCUCCACCUAAUUCUCCCGCCUUAUGCUCUUGCUGCUUGUUCAACCGGACCGAGCUGCAAAAGGCUGUUCACGUGCCUAACAUUAUUAUGCAAGGAUUUAGUAGCUGCAUCUCCAGCCUAGAUGAGAAUUUCCCAUUGCACAUCACUCAGUCGUUUAGUUGGCAGCAUCGGCCCACCCAGAACUGGCGGCCAAGGCCUUAUCGCAACACCGUAUUUAGUCGUGUUUUAUUCGGGCAAAUGAAUCAUAAAAAAACACGCUUCUCACCCCAGUGCGAGUUGGAAUUAUUUCCACAUUUGAGUUGGACGAAUUCUUAUCCUGCACAAGUAGCUCCAGCGUUGGGCAUUGGCCGAAACCAAAACUGCCGCCUGAUUGGCUGGUUGCUGAUCAAACGAUUUGCGAUUCCCAGAAAAUCCACGGAGCGUGAGAAGAAGAAGCCUUAG